GGCGCGGCUUCUGGGAGAGGAAGGCGGAGGCUCGUCAGUCUCUGGUUGCUCCCUGAAACGAAACUCAUCGGAGACUGGAAGCGCGCCCCGGCCUCCCAGAUCUGCAGAACGUGACUCCCUCAAGCAAUGGGCAAGCCCAGGAAAACGUCUGGCAAUGUAUCCUCUCCUCAACCUGCUGCCACGGCGCCAAAGGCAGCCCCAGCAGCCCCGCGAUCUUCUGCCUCAUCCAGAACGGCGCCUGCCAGCAGCAGAACUCAGAGUGCUCCUGCUGCGAAGGGUCAUGGUGGCCGACAGGGGGCGGCUGAAAAGCCAGCCAGUGCCACAGGUCCGAGAGGAACAGGGCAAAGUUACCAGGCGAGGUCCACACCAGCAUCUGGCAGCGAGCAAGGAGGCACAAAGAGCGGCCGUGGAGCAAGAGCGAAGACCCCUACAGCAGGAGCAAGAGGAGGAGGAAAGUCCCCUGCUGCAGCUACUGAAGCCUCUGUAGGUCCCGCUGCUUGCAGCCCAUCGGCGACACAGGCGGCUAGCAAAACUCAGGGCAAAGCCCAAGGUAAAGCGAGCCACUUUCCUUCCCCUAUCUCUGCCGAAAAGGUUGCUGAAAUAGAGAAAGGAACCCGGGGCCAGCGCACUAACCCCGAAUGGCACAAGUACCGUGCAAACCGCAUCACAGCAUCCAUAGCUCCCCAGAUAGCCAACAGCAAGUUUGUGAAUGGCCAGAGCUCCGACAUCCCUCAGUCAUACCUGAAGCGUGUGGUGGAAUCUGCUUCCGGUGUGCAGACCCCGGCCAUGUCUUGGGGCGUCCGCAACGAGAAGAAAGCGGUGCAGGCUUACGAGGAGCUGAAGUCCAGCAAGGUCAACAAACCGGUGAAGGUUGACGAUUGCGGCCUCUUCAUCGACAAAGGGAAACCUUGGCUGGCUGCCAGCCCCGACGGGAUUAUCAAAGACGCAGAUACCGGGGAAAAGCUGGGGGUUCUGGAGGUCAAGUGCCCCUACAAACACAGAGAUAGGAUGGUGACGGAAGCUUGCAAGGACAAAAGCUUCUGUCUGGAGAAGGUGGGCGACUCCUACUCCCUGAAGAAGAACCACCAAUAUUACACGCAGCUGCAAUGCCAGAUGGGCGUCACUGGUCUUCCAAAGGGAGAAUUGGUGGUCCACACCAACAAAGAGACGGCAAUUGCCUCUGUAGAUUUCGACCCUGUUUUCUGGGAGAAGACUGCAUCAAAACUGGAGAAGUUCUAUGUGGAGGCUGUGCUCCCUUACCAGGAGGAGAAGAAAAGUGCUGCUGCCUGGGGUAAGGAAGAAUGAAGGUGCUGAGAAGUGCUGGCACCCUACCCUUCAUGAAAUAUGUGCCUUCAGACCUUGUAAUGGAUGCUCCUUUCUGGCUUCACGCUUAGUAGUGUGAAGUGGUUAAGUUCUCUUCUGUGCCUUUAAUGCAUCCUUUAUAGUUAUAGUUACACAGCACAUCCUGCCACUCACCCCCCACACCCGGUCGCACACUGUUUUCCUCCGACAAUCACACUCCGCUUGCAUAUAGCCCAUCAGCUGUGCGGGAGAACAGCAGAUCUUCCGUGGUCAUGUGCAUUCCUUUCUGCAAGCUGCAUUAAGUAUGCUG